AUGUUUUCGCAGUUGUCGUCACUCGUCCCUUCGCUAAAAUCCUACACUCGGCAGUCAAAAGAGCACACUGUUAAUAUCGCUCCAGCGGAAAUUUAUGAUGUAGAAACCGCCCGGGAGAAAUCCGCCCGAGCUCUAAAACAUUUGUUGAAGCUGAAUCAUGCAAACUUCUCUCUUCUAUACAACGGGCUGAUGCUCUACAAUCAUAUACCACAUUUACUUUCAACGGCGUAUCUGUUCGGUGCAGAUCAUGAGCACCUUAAUCGUUUGUAUGAAUCUGAAUCGGCGGAAUUAGAGCCAUGGGCCGAUUCUCCAGGCGAGAUUGGCGACGAUGACUGGAGGGAUUUUUUGGGGAAGAGAGAUUACCAGCGUGCAUUUUUGGAUUUUUUUGAAGAUGAAGUUGUCCGUUGUGGGUAUGAUUGGAAGGGGGUAUUGGAGAAGUAUCUAUUCUCCCGCAAAACGCCGUUGAUCAAUUGCGCCGUUUCGGGCUUUGGACACCCACUUCUUCAUCUCGGCUAUGCGUAUGAAAUGAACAGCCGUGAGGUAGCGAUGGAAGCUUUAUCGAUGAUCGCGGCAUGCUAUAGCAAUACCCAUGAAUAUUUGGACGACCCAACUUACUUACAAUCCGCUUCUAUGUACAAAACAAAUUCUCUGCUAGAGAUAAUAGGACAAGUACGAAGCGACCGCUCGUUGAAUGGAGCUUUCGAAGAGGCCUCUGCUUCAAAUUUUGGCAAACUCCUCGAAACUCAUGAGAGUCUACUUCUGCAGCAUUGGGCAGCAUGGGACAUCACUGAUGCAACCGAACAAUUCGAGGAUAUCCAACGGCUAGCAACCGCUUUACUUGUGAACAGUGGCGGCAAGUCCCAUGAUUUCUUCUUUGUUCAGCUUUUGACCACCACACAUGCCAUCCGUGUUAUUCUCCCCGUGAUCCCAGCACAGUAUCAUAUCAGUCUACUCAGGCAAUGGUGGCUUCUUGCACUGGGAGUAUACAUUGCUGAGCUCCGACCUGAGGUCAGUGCGUCGAGUGUUGACGAAAUUGAGAACUAUGACCUCGGGGGAAGGGACUGGGCUUGGGUGACUCAGCAUGCUUUACGGGACACGGCACCUAUUUCCAUGCAUUACACCAAGUCCCUCCGAACAUUAAUAGAGGCAGGAAAGACUUGGAAGUAUCAUGAUGGCUAUUAUUUGCGGGCAGCGGUGAAAUUUAUAGAUGAAUUUAAGGGCUGGAGUGGACUAGAUUGA